AUGAAGAUUUCCAGCAUUGCUCGUUUCUUUGCUUCGGCGCUCUUCACAGGGGCAGCCAUCGCAGCACCAUCUCAAGAGAUCAGAUCUUCGGGUCCGGCCCCUCCCAGUCAAGACUCGUUUUACACGGUGCCUGACAACAUCGCCACCUACGCCCCUGGCGCCAUCAUCAAACACCGCCAGCCACCGUCUGAGAUUGCUGCGUUUGGUAUUUCCAAGGUGAACCUGCAAUCUACAUAUCAAAUCCUCUACCGCACAACGGACAACCACGGCAAUGCUACAGCGACAGUCGUCUCUGUUCUUGUCCCGCACAACGCCGACAUGGGCAAGGUGCUGUCCUAUCAAGUCGCCGAGGAUGCAGCCUCUAUUGACUGCGCCCCUUCAUACGCCUUCCAGUUCCGGUCUGCUACCGGUCCUUUGCUCGGUACAAUUGUUACGCAACUCGAGCUUCUAUUGAUUGAAGCCGCCUUGGAGCAGGGUUGGGUUGUUAUUGUUCCUGAUUUUCUGGGCCCCAAGGCAUCCUAUCUUGCCAACAAGCUAGCUGGCCAUGCCACACUUGAUGGCAUCCGCGCCACCAUCUCGUCCACCUCUUUUACGGGCGUCAGAUCCGAUCCCAAUAUCGUCAUGUGGGGUUACUCUGGAGGCUCGGUCGCAACAAAUUGGGCUGCCGAGCUGCAACCUACGUAUGCGCCUGAGCUGCGCAUCCUUGGAGCUGCUGUGGGUGGCACAGUGCCCAAGGUCAGCAGCGUCGUCAGGACCAUCAACAAGGGCCCGCUGGCAGGCUUCAUCCCCGCAGGCAUCAUGGGCAUGAUUUCUCAGUACCCCGAGUUGAGGGAUAUUAUUGAGUCGCAUUUGAAGCCAUCGUACUCGGAAAAGUUCCACACUGUCCUGCACCAAUGCCUGGCGGCGACUGCUGCUCGCUUUGCGUUUGACGACGUUCUCAGCGAGUUCACUGUGCCCAAUCUCAUCUUGACAGAUCCCACAGCGACGCGCAUUCUUAACGAGAACGAUUUGGGACUCAACACUCCCGCCAUUCCAUUUUUCUGGUACAAAUCCAUCUUUGACGAGGUCUCUCCUAUUGAUGACACGGAUGACCUGGUGGACUCUUACUGCAACCGUGGCGUGUCUAUUGAGUACUGGCGCGAUCUGCUCUCUGAGCACGGCGCUGCUGCAGCGACGGGUGCUCCCAAGGCUUUGUCGUGGUUAAAGGAGCGCCUGGAUGGAAAGGCUCCGGCUACUGGCUGCAGCACAAAAUCCAAGGCGAGCAGCCUGUUGGAUCUUUCUACGGCAAAAAUUCUGCCCAAGUUCAUUUUAGAUGCUGUUCUGGAUCUGCUCGCCCAUAAGCCUGUUGGUCCUCUUAUUGGCUAA